AUGGCGAAGCGCAAGUCUCACGGAGGUGAAGGCAGUCAUGCUGGAAAGAAACAGAAGACCAACCAUGUCCACGAGCCACCAUCCUCAGAAGAGGUCUAUACUGGAAGGCAACUUCAUCAAUUGCUGACCUUUGAACAAGAUCUUCGCAAAGCUCGACACGGCCUUCAAUCUUUCAAGGACCUCCUUGAUGCGAUUCUCAAUGGCGACGACAAAGAUUCCGACAAGCUGCCAAUUGUGCUCGAGUUCCUCGAAACCACGAAGCCCACCGAGGUCGAGGACGAAGUGCCCGUAUACCUGCCCGAUAUCAUGGAGACAUGGAGCAUGGCUUCGCAGAUGAGCAACGAAAAUGUCAUGUCCGCGGUCGCAGUAGUGCUCGCCUUGCUUCUCAAGCUCAUAUCUGGGAAUGUAGACUUGGCCUCCUACGGUCUGGGCAUAUGUCGCACCCUGCUUCAGAAGCGCCAGCAAGAGCUCUUGGCCAAGAAUCUUUCAGCGGAGAAAGGCAAGGACUUCAUCAUAUCACCGACCCUAAGACUCUUGAAGGAAGCAGUAUGCCUAGACGGUGGAGCUCUCGCCGCCCCAAUAUUCAGAGCGAGAAACAACACCUUCAAGUCGCUUGCCAGGAAUAUGGGUCUUCGAUAUCUUGGUGAAGGGAUAGAAGACCCUAAACGGCCUUCUGUGAGGACGAACGCGAUCCGCUUACUUCUGGGUAGUCUGAAGCUUCUGCACAACGAGGCCAAGAGGGACCUGCUGUCUCAGAAGGACAUCGUUGCGGCCUUGAUGCGGCAUCUGCGUGAAGAUCCUCCGCCCCUCAUAUAUGAGAUAUUGGAUGCCCUCAAAACAUCAGUCGUUCGGGACAAGAAAUUGCCCAAGGACGUCAAAAUCCGAAUUCUCAACUCUCAUUCACUGACCCGGAUAGCAUCACUGUAUGGCUAUUCGCGUGACCCUGCAGAUUCCGAAGAAGUUUCUGAGAACGGCCGACCUUCCGUCGAGGAUGCGGCUCACGAAAUCUUACUUGCAGCAAGCACGGAUCCUAGUGCCGGUAUAUGUCGGUCACAACAUGGUUACUACCCCGAGGGCGUAGACCCUGAUGCGCUGAUCGCCGGCACAGACAACACUCAUUCGCUAGAGCUGGGUAUCGACAGUAUCCCCUGGAUGAGCAAGUUUGAAGACGAGAUCCCUGUACGGAACAUGUUGCUUGCCGAGUUCAUCCGGUCGUUGCGCCCCUGGUCAAGCACAAAACAAAGCGAGCUUCUCAUCACCAUAUUCGAAACCUCCCCAGAGCUGAUAGCUCAUUACUUCUUACACAAAAAGACCUUCACAUUCGACCCGAAGCUGUCGGCAACGUGGAUGGGAUAUGCCGCACUUCUCUAUAACGUCGUUCAACUGCCGAUACCCGCUCAUUUUGGGCAAGGCAACGGCUACGCAAGGCUUCCACCCCCUACAUCCGUGGUUCUCGGCAAUAUAAUACCGCCUCCGAUGACACUGAAGGCCUUGACACGAUGCUUGUCGAACAAGUCCAAGCUGGUGUCUUUCUAUGCCAUACGUAUGCUAGUGUUGGCAUUGCAGAAGCUAGCAAGAGUGCUAGAGAUGCAUAGGGAGGCCUCCUUUUCAUCCGAGUCUAUCUGGGCCGAAGCUGCUCGUCGGCUUCUCGACGAGUUCUAUCUAAGGAUCCCAGACCCCAAAGAAGUAAUAACGUGUUACCGGACGAUGACCGACGACGAUCUGCUACAACGAGAAGCCGCCAGCCGAUUGAUGUUGCUUUACUACGAGGUUAUUCCCCAGCUUGCCCUGAGAGCCAAGUUCGACGUAUCACCUGUCGUACUUGCCACUAUCAAGAAGGUAGAAACUUCCGAGAAUGCUGGUGAGGAUGUGGUUAUGUCGUUAUUGGAACUGGAGCAUCUAUGUGCCAUCGCUAAAUAUUCGCCGAGUAUGCGAUGGUUUGCUCGAACUCCCGAGAUGCCCACCUCUCCAUUUACGACGCUUUUGAGAUUAUACAUCGAGAAGACGACAGCACUCUCGGGUGACAGGCUCAGCAAUGUUCUGUCGUACGUUGCUGAUGAGUACCAACUUGUGGAGAGUCGGCCGAAUUCCCCCGGCUUGGACCCUCUCAUCGAAGCCUUGAGAAGGGUGAGCGGUAUCAACGCCGAAGUUUGGACGUUCCUGGAUAACUGCGUGGAACGCUGCGGCAGGACGCCCACCAAGUACCUCGAGAUGAUCGAAGAGCAAAUGGAGAAGGCCGGAGUUGAUACAGAUGUGAAUACUACCACAUGUCCGUUGAUGAUGACACUGGUCGAGCAAAUACCCUUUUUUGUGUCGGCUUCACCUGGCAAAAGAGCUCUCGAACAACUUGUGCAGCUUCUUUCCGAAUACCUAGGUUGCUCGCUUGCUUCGGGUAUCAACCGAGCGUUUCUGCAUGUCACCAGAGAGAUGCUUAUUGCUGGUAUCGGAGACAAGAAGCUCGGUGGCAAGGUACUCAUUCCUGACAGAUCGACGUCGUCAGAGGAGCUCCCAAGCACUCAUGAUAUCGACGCCACCCCAGUUGAUGGUCUCGUUGACGGGGUCGCGGGUGGAGCAGCUCCUCGUAUAAGUACAGAGGAGCUAGAGGACCGGCUUUCAGUACCCAUCAUCACCAGUAAGGAAAACUCAUUGCUGAAAUGGUCAUCCAAGACGCCAGAAGAGCUUGUUGAAGAGGGAUAUGCGACAUCAUUGAUACUCCUCCUCUCCUCCGAACACCCGAGCAUACGGAGGGAAGCACUCACAAACGUCAUGAAAAUGGCGACAAAGAUCAAGGAAUCGGCAUACGAGGAGAACGAACAGAUAUGGCUCCUGCUCAUGGAACUGGCUGAGUCUUCACAAGCCCUUAUCGGCCAAGCUCCGCUGCCUAGUGUAAUUGUGGCGUUCGCAUGCCGUGCCCUUGAUGUUUUGAAGAACCCACUACACUGUCUCUAUGAGAAGGUCAAUGUGUUUCUCACCAGUGGCCCGGUAUGGUCAUUGGACAGGAUACCUCUCAUGCAAAACAUACUCCAAGAAGGCCCGACUGACGAUGGCACCUACUACUCCGAGGUCAGCUGGCUCUUGGGAUUCCUGCUCGACAGCCUGCGAACCCCCAAAGACAUCGAUUUUUUUCACACACGAAAGGUCUUUGAAAGGAUAUUCGCCCUGAGCUCGAACCCCUAUAUGGGACCCAAUCUCCGAACGCAGGUUUUGCGGAUUCUUUACAGGGCCACGAGCAUUGAGGGUGGUAGCGACACUGUGAUCACCCGGUUCGGCGCGGUGAGCUGGCUGGUGGCUCAGAAAGCUGCCAGCACGGACGCUGCUCAACGUGCGCUCUACCAGGCGUUGAUCAGGAGGCUAUGGGAGACUUGUGACCAGAAGCGCAUUUCGGCCUGGAGCAAAGGAGGGAUCGAGAAGUUGAUUGUAGAAUAG